UGAUAAUUUAUAUUUAGCAAAAAAAAAGCAAAAGGUUUCACUUGCACCGAUUAGGGCUUUCAUUUCCCGCCGAUUUCUCCCGCCCAAACCAAAACAAAACAAAACAAAACAAAACAAAAAGGUUUGUGAGAUUCAGAAAAAGAGUCAUUGCUUGAUCCGAAGAAGAAGAUGAGUAGUAUGAGGAAGAAGAUACAGAAGAAAUUUAAAACCAGAGGUUACAGCCUCAAGAUCGACGCUCUCAACAGCAUUCUCGCCUUCGCCGACCAAUUCCCCGGCGACGAUGAAGGAGAAGCCAUCGAUCUUCUUCUCGACCACCUCCAGACGGAAAAUCUUAAUUCAUCAGUAGUGGAUGCGGAAUCAGUUCAAGGAGUGAUUAAUCUCUUGCUAGGAGCUAAUGAUGCCGCGGAGGAACCUACCUCCAAUGCUUCUUCCUUGGCUUUCAUCGACGCCUUUCUCGUCCCAAAGUAUCGAUAUGAUUCUGUUAAGAAGCAGUUCAUCGAGCACACGAGUAGUCUGCCUGUUCACGGUGAGGCUUCUUCGAAAACAGAAGUUUACAGGGAACGGUUCAUGUUGCUGUUGCAGAGAGUUUCUCGCGCUGAGCUUUUUUCUAUGCCAGCUUUUGAUGCUGAGAAGUCUCAGUUUGACAACUCUGAGAUAUCUCCAAUACAGUCUCUAGUGGUUCAAAUCGGAAGGAAAUGGGUGAUGGGUGUGAUAUCACAGUUGGAAGAUGGACAUUUCUAUUUGGAAGACCUUUCUGCUUCUGUUGAGAUUGAUUUGUCCAAUGCAAAGAUAACCACAGGGUUUUUCACUGAGAAUACUAUCAUUUUGGCAGAAGGUGAAAUGCAAAAUGGUAUCUUUCAGGUUAUUACAUGCGGAUUUCCUCCUUUAGAAGACAGGGAUAAAACACUAAACACACAUUCUGGGUACGACUUCUUCGGACAUGGCAUGCUAACUAAAGAUGACAGGAUUAGACUUGCAGACCUAGAAAGACAAGCAGUAAAUGAAACAUUUGUCAUAUUGUCGGACAUAUGGCUGGAUGACGAAGAGGUUCUCGGGAAGCUGGAAAAGGUUCUUGAUGGUUUUGAAAGUGUGGAGGUUGUGCCUUCCCUGUUUGUUUUCAUGGGAAACUUUUCCUCUCACCCAUGCAAUUCAUCCUUUGGUUCUUAUCCACGCCUUAGGAAGCAGUUUGGUAAACUUGGGAGAAUGAUUGGAAACCAUCCACGGCUAAAAGAAAGUAGUCGGUUUUUAUUCAUUCCAGGUCCUGAUGACGCAGGUCCCUCAACAGUCUUGCCAAGAUGCGGCUUACCAAACUCUUUAACCGAAGAGCUUCGAGAUGUUAUUCCCAAUGCGAUAUUUUCAAGCAAUCCAUGCAGAGUAAAGUUCUACAACCAGGAGAUUGUGUUCUUCCGGAAAAACCUUCUGUACCAGAUGCGCCGUUCAUGCUUAAUACCCCCUUCUGCUGAAGAAACUGAUGACCCAUUUCAGCACCUUGUCUACACAAUAACUCACCAGAGCCACCUAUGUCCUCUACCUCUCAUGGUGCAACCUAUCAUUUGGAACUACGAUCACUCUCUUCGACUCUACCCAACUCCUCAUACGAUAGUAUUAGGUGACACGAGUGAGCAAAAGGUUUGCAAGUUUGGGGGAACAACAUGUUUCAAUCCAGGCUCCUUUUCAACUGAUAGCACCUUCGUAGCUUAUCGACCUUCCACUCAAGAAGUCGAACUCUCUGGUCUCUGAUUCUCUUUUCAGUCAAGCCUGAGCUUUAAAAGAUUAAAGGAAGAGUGAACAAAAAAAACAUACUUCCAUGUACUCUUCUAUGCCUCUGCCGUAGUCGUCGGAGAUGUCUUUGAUUUUAACCAAAUUUGGUCAUAAUUUAUGGAUAGUUUAAUUUUAUCAUCAUCAUAUAUCA